AUGCCCGCCAUUCGCUCCAUUGGGGCUGAGUGCAGUAUAGUUGUCGACUUCACCGCAAAGAAACUCCAUACAAGUAUGCCUGAGUGGUGCACUCACGUCUCCUUGGCCUCCACCCUAGCCAGCCACGGUGACGGGAGCGUGAAAAUCAUCCGUUCCGAAGGCUCGCAGUCUGCUUUCCCAGUGCAGAGGAAUUUUACGGUAGACAAACCAGCAACCGAAGGUCAGUGCUCGCUUGUGGAGUGCGCCCUUCGCACGAGGGGCUUCGUCCUGAUCGCUUGUCAAGGUGCCACACCGUCCCAGGUGGUUGCAGCAGAGCUACGCAUCAGGCAAUCCCCGAGGAGGUUGCCUUCUUCGGAGGUGUGUUUUGCAGCUUUGGAUUGGGCCGAUCCACUCAGUGCAAGAUGGAUUUGCCCCCCCUCUCUGCCUCCCCAGAUCAAUUUGAGCGUCCGACCUGCUGAUGGGAAAGUGGUAGUGGUGGUGGAGGAGGAGGAGGAGGAGGAUGCUGCUGGCGGGACGGAUUGCGCACUCCACUUCCGUCAGGAACUAGGUGGCAUUAGUCCGCACACUAUUUCCCCCUACAUCUCCUGGCACUGCUGGCACUGGCCGCAGUUCAGCACAAUCGUCGAUAGCGCCAGUGGGCGAGGGCUCGACCCAGCUGUAAGAUUAUCAUCGCCCCUUGGGUAUAAACAUUCUGCUGCCGAUUUACUUCCCGUGACCAGACUCGCCCCAUCUGCGGCGAUGGACCAUAAUUUGACAAAGAACGGCCUGUCAAAAUUGGAUUCGGCCAACAUGCCCGCGGCAUCCCACGGAGAUACAACACCCUCGGGAAUUUCCGAUCCAAUGAGUCAAAAGGACCGAUCAUUGACAGUAAGUAAGCAACUAAGGAUCCUGGCCUGUGCCGGAUCUCAUCUACAUCUAUUCCGCCCGCACUACUUUAGUUCUAUCUGCAACAUCCUCUCCGGUAGGCCAUCACCUGCUUUCCGAAACAGGCAGUUCGACAGAUGCGCCAAGUUCUCGACCCAGUUUAGACUCCUGAUCGGAAGGAGAGAUCCUCCUUUAGGGCCACUAAGUCGCGCACUAAAGUACGAAGCUUACUUCGGGGCUCCAACCCAAGACCACGGAAAAAGCGCUCCUGGAUUAAACCUGAAUGACAGGACCCGAGACAAUGGGCGUACCACCAGCAGCAGAAGCAGCUAA